CAGCGCACUCUUUCAUUCCAUUAUCAACAAAGAAACCCUAAAAGCCGCGGAGCCACCGAUUUCCCUCCUCCAGGCGAAGAUGCAGAUCUUCGUGAAAACCCUAACGGGGAAGACAAUCACCCUAGAGGUUGAGUCUUCUGACACCAUCGACAAUGUCAAAGCCAAGAUCCAAGACAAGGAAGGGAUUCCCCCAGACCAGCAGCGUUUGAUUUUCGCCGGAAAGCAGCUUGAAGAUGGUCGUACUCUUGCCGACUACAACAUCCAGAAGGAGUCAACUCUCCAUCUCGUGCUCCGUCUACGUGGUGGUGCUAAGAAGAGGAAGAAGAAGACCUACACUAAGCCAAAGAAGAUCAAGCACAAGAAGAAGAAGGUUAAGCUUGCUGUGUUGCAGUUCUACAAGGUGGAUGAUACUGGAAAAGUUCAGAGGCUUCGUAAGGAGUGCCCUAAUGCUGAGUGCGGUGCUGGAACUUUUAUGGCUAACCAUUUUGAUCGUCAUUACUGUGGUAAGUGUGGGCUCACCUACGUUUACAACAAGGCUGGAGGCGAUUGAUUUUUUAUGUUUAGUACUGUUUUAUCAGUUUAUAUUUUUGUUGAACUGUAAUUUAGAGUUUUUGCUAUAUGGAUUUUCGUUUUUGAUGUAUGUGUCAACCAUUGGGAUUGUUGAGUUAUUUUAAAAGUAAGAGUUUUUGCUUAUUGUUCUCA